AUGCAGACGCGUCCGAGUAGCGAACCGCAUCGCAGCAAGGAGCAGUCGGGGGAUCGGGAGCGGAGCGGGGAUCAGCCGCAGAAAUGCGCCAGUGCCACGCUGGCCAAGAAGCCGGCCACUCCGCCGGCGGCGCCACCGCCCACGCCCUCCAACAGGGUGGUGGCGCCACUCAGGGUCCCGGUCAUCCAGCUCACUCCCGCCCAGAGCGAGAGUCCUGCGAAGGACUCUCUGCUGGGACUGGCGACGGCCAAGCCGAAGGACUUCUCCGCAGUAAUAACCGCCCUUCCCGAAAACAAGGAGAACCAACCGAAGGUCCCACCUCCCACUAAGUCCUGCCCAUUGGGCGCUCCCACCAAUUACGUGGCCAGGCGCACCUGGAUCACCACGGACAGGAUGAACGAGCUGCGGCGGAAGGCGCAGGAGGCGGCCAAGCAGAACAAGAUCUUCACCAUCCGCGGCUGCUUCAACUCGGUGAGGAACGCCCUGCUGACGAGGGGCUGGGUGGAGAAGCUCGACGUCCACCGGAAGGUGAUGCCCGCCGGGCAGAUGACCUACGAGGACCUCACCCAGCGGCUGCCCAAGCGGAAGGCGGGCGAGACCAGGAGGCAGUACGUGCUGAAGUGCGAGCGGAACAUCAUGUCCCGCUUCCUCGAGCACAUGCCUGUGGACUUCCUGUGGACGAACCGCAAGGAGAAGUGCGACUACAUCGACCAGGCCAAGAACCCCGGCAUGACCAUCAACAAGUUCCACCGCGCUCCCUUCACCUCGAAGGAGGGGUUGUGCAGCCAGCUGAGGGACUUCCACUGGUUCUUCGAGGAGGGCACCGCCGAGAUGUACUUCCCCAGAUGCUACAAUGUCUGGAGUCCCGAAGAACUGGGCGAGUUCAUCGAGAACUUCAAGCUGACCGCCUGCGUGGCCUUCCUGCGGGCCAUGCUGUGCAAGUACCACAAGCAGGGCUCCGAGGCGGUCUUCUCCUGCAGCGGGAAGAUCCCCUACUCCUCGAUCGACUUUGCCUACAAGCGGCUGGUGGAGUUCCUCGACAGCUGCCAGCACAACGACAUCGACUUCGAGGACCCGCCGAAGAUCUGGGAGCACGACUGGGACGCCUUCCUGUUCCAGCACCACCAGCUGGUCAACGAGGACGGACGCAUCCAGCACGACGGCGGCCAGCGGCUGGACCCGAUGGUCAAGAGCUGCCUCUCGCUGGUCGACAAGAUGAAGGUCCACUGGCCGCAGUACAGCCUGGACGGCUACCAGAACCUCUGGAUCGUGAAGCCGGCCAACAAGUGCCGCGGCAGGGGCAUCAUCCUCAUGGACAACCUCAAGAAAAUCCUGGGCGUGGUCAACCCCUCGAUAGCCUCCAAGAGUCGUUACGUCGUGCAAAAGUACAUAGAACGACCGUUGAUUCUGUUCCAAACAAAGUUUGAUAUUCGCCAGUGGUUCCUCAUUACCAACACCCAGCCCCUGGUGGUGUGGUUCUACCGAGAAAGCUAUCUGCGGUUCAGCUCGCAGGAGUACAGCCUGAGCAACCACCACGAGUCGGUGCACCUGACCAACUACGCGAUCCAGAAGAAGUACACCAACGGAAAGCGGGACAAGCGGUUGCCGAGCGAGAACAUGUGGGACUGCUACUCCUUUCAAGCGUACCUGCGCCAGAUUGGAAAGUACAACAUGUGGCUGGAGCGGAUCUUCCCCGGAAUGCGCAAGGCCAUCGUGGGCUGCAUGCUGGCCUCCCAGGAGAACAUGGACCGCAGGCCAAACACCUUCGAGCUCUUCGGAGCCGACUUCAUGAUCUGCGAGAACUUCUAUCCCUGGCUGAUCGAGAUCAACUCCAGUCCCGAUCUGGGAGCCACCACCAGCGUCACGGCGCGAAUGUGUCCGCAGUGCCUGGAGGAUGUGGUCAAGGUUGUCAUCGACCGUCGCACAGAUCCCAAAGCGGAUAUGGGCAACUUCGAGCUGGCCUACCGGCAGGUGGUGCCGCCCACGCCCGCCUACAUGGGCCUCAACCUGUUCGUGAAGGGCAAGCAGGUGCUCCAGAAGGCGAACCACGGCGGAGGCCACGGCCACUACUACUACCAGCAGCGGAAGGAGCGCUCGCUGGCCACCAGCAGCGUCUACCGCCAGCGGUCGGCGAUCGUCCAUCCGGCGACGAGCAUCUCCAGGAUCCACCGCGCCAUGCCCACCUUCAACGCCACCGAGUACAUGGAGAAGUACAUGGUGGAGCCGCUGAGCAGCAGCAGGAGCAGCCUGUGCAGCCAGCAGGCGCAGAAGUCUCCCUCAGUGGCACCCGUUCUCACGGCUCCGCCGUCGGGAUCUCCGAGUCCCUACAUCCUCAAGCAGUCGAGUCGCUCCAUCACCCAGCUGCUGAGUGCCUCCCACAAGCGGAACACGGCGGGAUCCCUCUCGGGAGAACCGAUCACCGCCCUGCCACCCAAACGCCAGCGGAGCUGUGGACCCCGGCUGAGUUCCACGAAUCCCGUGGAGAGUUCGGAGAAGAAGUUCAAGAUCCUGAUCAAGAACUACUCGGCCGCUGGAAAUGAAUCUCUACAGGAGGCGCGACCGGAAGCAGUGGCCUCCGCCACGGUUCCCAUGAUGAGUGAGCGAAAGUGGCGAAGUUUGCGCAACAUUGCGGCCACAACGAGUUGCUCCUCCAACUCGGCGUCCCGAGCCAAAGGACCUCCUUUGACCACUCCGAGUCUUCCCACUCGCCGCUUCACCCGCACCAAAUCCGAGAUCGACAGCACGGCCAGCAUGCAUGCCAUCGGCAGGACCUUCGGCCGGAAGUCGAAUGGACCCCGGCUGCCGGUGAGCAUCUCCGUGCAGGCACUCCACCGAGGAGAACCCAUCGUGACCGCUCUGAAGCAGGCCACCAGCGAACUGCAGCUCUCCCAGGCGCAGAUGAUGAGUCCGCGGACCGCGUUGGCCAACAAGCUGAACAACUCCACCCUGACGAUUCCCACGCCAGCACUUCCGGUGGGAUAGUUCAUCUGAUACUGCCACUUGAGGAUUUAAAUGCUCGUUUAUACUGGAACCGGAUUAGUCUCGCAGAAAGUGGACAAACGAAAUAAUAAAUACCUGAGCUAGGAACCUAACGUCAUCAAUUUUAUGAGUACCAGGUUCUUAGGUAAAAAAUAUUUUUAAAUAUCUGAAAUAUGCAUUUUCAAAAACGUUACUUUGUUUAAGGUAUAGAGAACAUAGAAGUUGGUCUUCAACUCAUACGUUUAU